AUGUUUGACUUAAUUAGAAGGAUUGGCAGUAAGAUAGAAAUCCUGUCCAGAACAGGAGUGCGAUACACAGGAGCACUGUCCAGCUAUGAUGCCGUAAAAGAAACCAUUACUCUCGCCAAAGUCAGGUCAUUUGGGACAGAAAACAGACAGGCGCCAGUGAAGAUGCAGGCAAGCACGCAGGUGUACGAGUACAUCGUGUUUAAACUAGUCAAUGUCCAGGGAAUAAAGCAUAACAGCAGCUGGAUAAGCAUUGCAACUGAAGAGAUCAUCACGCCAUCGGUUGUAGAAGAAAAGAAAAAGAGCACAGGGAAUAUCUCAGCAAAUACUUUGAAGAACAAAGUGAAUGUAAGGGAUGCAACAGGAAAUGCUAGUACUGGUGGCACUGUGGCAGAUAGUACUAGGAUAAAAAAUGUUUCAACAAUUGGAAACUCUAUUCCAGCUAAUAAUAGAGACGAGAAGAGUCGCCAUGGGAGCAUAAAGAACAUUUUGACAAUUGGAGAUUCUAUUUUGACAAAUCUUAACAGCACAAGAGUAAGUAGUGGCACAGAGGAUACCCGUGUAAAUGAUAAUAUAGAGGAUGCUUCAACCAGCGGUGGCAAUGCAACUGUAAAUAGCACCAGCGCCUCCAGUACUCCUUCCAGGAGCAGUGGCAAUAAGCCGUACUACAGGAGUAAAUACAGCAGCAAGAAAGACGGCACUUAUCCUCCCAAGUACACUAAAUACAACCCGUGUCUGCGCAAGAACACACCUAUUCCUGAAGCAGAGUAUGAUUUUGCACUAAACAACAAGGAAAUGCCCAAGGACAAAAACAAUAGCACUUUUAAAAAUAACUACGACCCGUCCUUCUUCUACGACUCUCUCUCCUAG